AUGUCAUUAACAGACUCGGUGGACGACGUUCUCGAAACCCUACAGCGCGUCGGCAUUUCAGCAUCAGAAUUUAUACUAGUGCUUCUAUCAAGUGAAAGAUAUGGUACUCAUCCGGCUGUAGAAGAUAUCCUCGUUAAUGGCCGUGAAAUUCUUGAUGCUCUUGUGAAACAAACCACGAGUACCAGAUCGAAAUGGGCUACUGAUAUCACGAAGGAAAUCUGUGCACGAGAAAUCUGUGACCUUGCUGCCAAGGAUAACGGAACUCACUUUAAUGUGACACACACCACGGUGAAGCAACUGGAGGAUUUUAGGGUGGCCGAGUUAGCUGGAAUCAUGGAGAAAUCUGCACCGGUAACAUGGGACUUACUCGAGAGCAUGUUGUCUGGGCGAACACGAUCUAAAGUAGCCAUCAGGAGGGAUCACGAUGGUGAUGUUAUCAUGGAGAAUAAUAGCGACGAAGAAGCUUACUGGGAGGAGAUCGGAGAAGGAGAUCUCGAGGGAUCAUUGAUAUCAAGGCUUGAUACCAACAACGCGGAAUUCGAUAGAACCAGACUGCAGACACGAUGGACAGCAAAGAUCUUGCUCAAAAAAAUCACCGUUCUCAGUAUUAUGACAAGGAGUACGAAUCAGCGGUCAAAUACCUUUCAAAGUCUACUUGGGAUCUUCCUACAAUCGACGCACACACCACAGAAAGUCAUCGAAACGCUGGAACGGAUAGGUGUAUCAGUAUCUGCAAAUGCUAUUCAUGCCGCGACGAAAUCAUUAUCAGCGCAAACUCACCAACACCUCCAGUCCCUUGGACGGUCACUUCUUGCAGCGUAUGCAUAUGACAACUUUGACGUAGACCUGAAAACUCAUCAGCACAAAAUUGAAAAUUCGACGGAAUCUCUCAAGCAUCUCACAUCCGGCCUGAUGUUCCCACUGCAGCAUGAGAUCUCCAAGGAGGACCUUAGGUGUUCCGAAGAGCUGUGGAAGACAUCGCCAUUUAAUACCCGAGUACAAGUGCCACCAAAGAAAGGAUGGACACACCUGCUCGGUCUUCACAUGGACACACCUGAUGAAUCAGGUCUUAGCCGUCGUGAUAGAUUUAAUGCAUGGAAGUUUCUCUCGGACCUCAUUUCAUACGGCCCUCCGUACUUCUCUCGAUUCCGUGACCAACUUCACGAACCCGAGGCCAUUGAAGCCAUCCCCAUCACCAAAACACCGAUUAUCGCUACAUCUGCAAUGGAUAUUAGUAAUUCAACAGUUGCAGGUAAUAUACAAAGCGUUGUUGACCUGCUCGAGCAGGGCGGAAUCAGAGAUCCUGCAGUUGUCGAUGAUCCAGAGAUGCCCGACAUCUCAGAGUACGUAGUUCUGUUCCAUGGUGACCUUGGGACAGGGGAACGUCUUCAAUCAGCACAGCAGUGUCGAGGAAUAGAAAACACACCGUGGAACUGUUUACAACACAUUAUCUUCGUCCCUGGUCUUUGUCAUUUGAAGAUGGCGGCUGCAGACACAAUUUGGCGGAUAUUCCUGCAGGCCAGUGCAGCACGACUCGAUGAAACUAGCCUCAUGCGAGAUGUAGGUAUCUUGCGACCAAAGGAAACUGGCCACUACGGAUCAAAGCCGGGGUUCCGUCGUAUGCAUGAACUGAUUAUGCACGACGGUAUUUGUCGUCGCCUUGAUUGUUGGAGAGUCGAGGCCAAGAAACGCGACCCAAAGUGGACAAGUCUGGAGGAAUUUGCAGUAUCAGAGCCAACUUGGGAAGACAUCGAAGCAAUGGCACGCACCCUUGCUCGUAAUUAUGUUGCAGGUCACCAACUUCGACGCAUGCGACGCACGCCAGCACCUCAACGUGACGUGCAAUAUGAAAAUGGACUCCUCUUGAACAAGUACAUGCUUGUAUACGAGGAGCUGUCAUAUGCAAUGAAUAGCGGAGACAUCGGACGGGUUGAGACUUGCCUUGUGACAUGGAUCCCCAUGUUUAAGGCUACAGGAAAACAUAAAUAUGCAAACGCUAUGACAGACUUCCUGUGCAAAGUACAUUUCGUGUAUCCUGCAGGAUUGAAGUAA